AGUAAAUACUACGCGCUUUUCAACAACACAAAGACGGAGGGGGAUCUUUUCUACCUGGAGUAGGUAGUAGUACCUUCCACGGUGCAUGUAACCAACGUAAUUCAAAACUUGUGAUUGUACAACUGGAAACAUUUUUGAACAUUUGCACAAAUGGGGUCCAAAGAUAUGUCUCAGAGUCGCCUUAUCAUCAUCGCCACAUUCCUUAUCAUCGCCUGCAUCGUCGCCCUUGGGCUCGGACUCGGUUUUGUGCUGACAAAAGACAAGGAUUCCAACCCGGAACCUUGUGGUGAAGUAGGGACGGAGACAGACGGCCCCACCACAGAAAUUCCAACUCCAGCUCCUACAUCAGGGGCUUCUCCAUCAAUCGAGGGUCACUACCGAUAUGCCAGUAUAGCCUCUGAUACCGGAACCUGCGCACAAAUCGGCGUAGAUUUUAUGGGACGGCGACAAGGGUCCUCAGUAGAUGCUGCUAUUGCCACCAUUCUUUGUCAAUGUGUAGAAAACAGCCAUAGCUGCGGUGUCGGUGGAGGCCAUUUCAUGACUGUAUAUAAAAGGAAUGAAAACAAAGCUUACACAAUUCUUGCCCGCGAGAUGGCACCAAGUGCAGCAUCAGAAGAUAUGUUUGUCCCAGAAAACCGGUCUUCAACGGAAGGUGGACUAGCUAUAGGAGUGCCUGGUGAAAUUAAAGGUUUGUACAAAGCCUGGCUAAUCGGCGGCAAACUUCCCUGGAAGGACCUCUUUCAGCCCACCAUUAAAAAGCUCCGUGACGGAUGGAAAGUCAGUCAGCCCUUGGCGUACGCCAUUUCCCGACAGACUAAUAUUUUAAUGUCAAUGAAGAAUCUAAGAGAUGCACUAACAAAUCCUCUAACUGGACGACCAUACAAAGAAAACGAGAAGAUCAAAAUGCCCAAAUUAGCCGACACAUUUGAAAAAAUUGCUGACGACCCACACACGUUUUACAAUGGUUCUCUUGCCGAUGACAUCGUUGCAGACAUUAGGGAAGCUGGGGGAAUUAUCACAAAAGAAGACUUGGAGAACUACAUGGCUGUAGAAAAGGAUCCGUUAGUGGUGACACUGAAGGACAACUCCACCAUUUAUACUCCACCUCCGCCAUCUAGCGGCGCCGUGUACGCCAUGAUACUCAACAUCGCUGAUGGAUACGGGUUUAGUCCCGAUAGUGUCUCUACCACUGACAAGUCCAUAGUCACCUGGCAUAGAAUUGUAGAGGCUAUGAAAUUUGCUUACGCAAAGAGAAGUAGUCUUGGAGACCCGGACAAAGAAAGUCAAAGUUUUAAGGAUACUAUUGAGUCGUUGGUAAAUAAUAUGACAUCCUCUUCCUACGCUGACUACGUUCGGUCUCAAAUCUCGGACGAUGCUACACAUGAUACCAUGUAUUACGGUCCAACAUUUUUCGACCAGUCUAAAACGGGAACUUCACAUUUAGCGGUCCUGGCACCGAAUGGUGACGCUGUGUCUCUUACAAGUACAAUAAAUUUAUAUUUUGGUUCAAAAGUAGUUGGAUCCAGAACUGGGAUUUUUUUCAACAACGAAAUGGACGAUUUUUCUACACCAAACACAACGAACUCUUUCGGAGUUCCAGCGUCUGCAGCGAACUUUAUAAAGCCUGGAAAAAGACCGCUAUCUUCCAUGUGUCCAAGUAUCGUGGUGGAUGAAGACGGACAUGUAAAGUUAGUGGUUGGAGCCUCGGGGGGUACUAAAAUUACCACCUCUACUGCCUUGGUCAGCAUUGAAACGCUAUGGUUCAAUUACGGAAUAAAGAAAGCAAUAGAUUACAAGCGUUUACAUCAUCAGCUGUUACCGGCCCACAUUACGGUGGAGGAGGGCUUUGACCCGAAAGUAAUACAGGGAUUACAGCAGAUUGGACACAAUAUCAGCAUGUCCGCCAGUGCCGGAUCUGUGGUUCAGGGUAUUCUACAGUUACAGGAAGGAAAUAUUACUGCUAAUGCAGACUAUAGAAAGCGAGGAGUUCCGAACGGUUACUAAACUCACAAACCAAAGUUAAGAAGAAAUCAAUGCGUAUCAUUUUGCAUCAAUCCACAGACGAAUACUCCUAAUGGCCGUCUUACUGUUGACAUUGUUACUUGGUUUGUGACGUGAGGUUACGAAAGACGAUAUAAAUUCUUUUAUCAAUCUAGAACAGCUAUUCGGAUUCUGUCUUAUAAAUACAGUGUGUGCUUGGGGCUUCCUUCACUUACUUUACAAUGUAUAUUAUAUUGUGCGAUAGGUUAGAGAUAUGUACCAAAUGUAUUUCAUUUGCUGAGUAUACGCAUUUACUUCAUUUCAUAUACCGGUAUACUUUCUUAGAGUAAGUAUUUUAUAAUCUCAUAGUAGAACUUUAAUUUCAUAUCGUACUUAUAUUGUACUUACACAUGAACAAUAUCGGACCAAAUAUGGUUCAGAACACUACAAUUUACUGUAAAAUCCAUAAUUAUAUGACUAGAAAAUAUGACGUAAAUAUUCAUGUAGUUAAUUUUUAUGUAUACAAGUAUUCUCAUGAACCAUUUUUCUUCAUUUUAUCUACAAGUAUAUGUAUGUACAAUGUACAAGUAAAAUAUAUUUUGAAUUACCAUUUGAACGAAAUCCACGUACGCAUUAAUAAAAGAAUUGGCUUCAUGACCAUGA